AUGGUCCAAAGGUUGGGAGGAGGUUCGGUGUUAUGGUUUGUCGCGGUCGUCUCAAUGUCGACCAGCUCGGAACCGCUGCAAUCUGCUGGUCACGCGAACCACGUCGGAAGUUUAAAGCCUUCGGCGUCGUCGUUGGUCGGAGAUACCAUGUCCUCGACGAACGACGUUCCGUUCGACUGGUCUUCCGAUUACGAGAUGGCUGUCGUCUACAUCACGUCCGCUUGGACCGAAUUCGGCGAUGUGCGUUCGUCCGACGCACCCCUGGGCAUUAUUGCCGAAAACGGAUUUCUCAAUUACUGCGUUAGGUUCAAGACCAAGUUGGCCGCUUGGGCUAAGUCCUUACAAGACAGGCCCGACGUGAGUGAAACGGUGAAAAAAGCUGUUUCCAGCUGGUAUACAGCCAUCGACACACUGUCGCAGGACAAUUGGAAUCUUCCCGACGCCCUCACUUUGGAGUCGUUUAGAAAACAAUUCAUGACCGCGUACAAGCACUUGGUGCUCAACGGUGCCGAAAUUUACGAAAAAUCGGAUUCCGAAAUCGUGAAACGGGACGUGGACGGAUUCACGAGAGACGUUGCCGAUAUGAUGAUCUGGAUACUCAAAGGAAUUUCGAAACAAGUCCGAAGCAUUCCCGAGAAACGCGACACGGAAUAUUAA